GUCCAUGAGUCAAUGUCAGUGUCAGUCUGUUCCGUCUGUUGUCUGUUCCCUGUUUGCCAUCAAUUUAAUGGCAUCAAUAGAAAAAUAUUUUGUGGAAAAAUAUUUUAUUAAUGUGCUUUUAAGUUAUAUAUAGGCGAUUUGUACCAUUACUAUUUAAUACUGGGAGGCUUGGUAAAAUAAUUUAGGCGAACAGCCUGCAGAAAUCUCAGUUUUUAUAUUUGGGAAAGCCUUGUGAUCAUUGUGAUAGUCUCUGGUAGUUGAUUGUAUUGGACUUCUUGAUCACGUCCAGCAGGAUUCUAGGCGUUCAGCAGGAAAGCUGUAGUGUAUUUUGUUGAAGUGCUCCGUAAGAAUCCUCAAAAAUGGCCGAGACACCCGGUUCGCAACGUCUCUCCAACGACGAUUUUAGAAAACUCCUGAUGACUCCAAGAUCCACUCCAGCACAUACACCUGCCCCUGUAGGCUCUAUCAAAGAGGCUAUGAACAACCCCAAUUCCAUGCCUCCUCCAAAAAUCGAAGAUAAAUCCGAAGCCAGAAGAAAGAAGAAAAGCUACUAUGCUAAGUUGAAGAAACAAGAAGACAAUAAAAUGGCAGAACUAGCAGAAAAGUACCGUGACAGAGCUAAAGAAAGACGUACAGGCGCAAAUCCUGAUUAUCAAAGUGAUGAUCCAAUUGCAACUGCCCAGGCUUACAGAGCAGUAGCUCCAGAUUUAAAAUCUGGGUUUGAUGCGGCGGAACGCAGAAGGCAGAUGAUCCAAGAGUCAAAAUUCUUGGGUGGUGACAUGGAGCAUACUCACUUGGUCAAAGGUCUUGAUUAUGCUCUCUUACAAAAGGUGAGGAGUGAGAUACAGCAGAUCGAGCAAGAACAAGAGCAGGAGUUAGAAAGAUUGGCUAGCAAGACUCAGGAAGAGAUGGAGAAGGAAAGGAAAGAAGCACAGAAGAAAGAAGAGGACGAAAUGAAGUUUAAAACAAAGAUUGGGAGAUCCAUUUAUCAUACAGUAAAUAUGCUGAAGUCAAGACAUAUUGAGAAACAUGAGCUUUUUAUUCCUGGAAGGAUGGCCUAUGUUAUUGAUCUGGAUGAUGAAGCUGAAACUGAUAUUCCAACUACUCUGAUUCGUUCUAUUGCUGAUGUACCAUCCUUUGAGCUGACUACUACAGUUACAACAAAUGAUAUUGUUAUCAACAAGUUGACACAGAUUUUAAGUUAUCUCAGACAAGGAAGUAGAAAGAAGGGAAAGAACAAGCGAGCAAUGCCAGGAGGUGGAGACUAUGAUAUUGCAGAAAUUGAAAAUGAUCCCAAAAAACAGGCUAAACGUCCAAGAAAUGAGGACUCCAUUUAUGGUGAGAUUGGGGAUUAUGUACCAACAAGGAGCAGCAAGCAUAGGGACAAAGAUCAUGAUAAGAAAAGACAUCCAUACUUUGAUAAGUCAGAAAAUGAGCCUGUUGAUAAUGCUACUCCUACAUAUAAAGUCAACAAGUCUGCUGAGAUCCUUAACAAGUUGCAACAGGAGCCUGAGGGAUAUGCUGAAUGUUAUCCAGGCUUAGAAGAGAUGAAUGAUGCUAUUGAUGACAGUGAUGAUGAAGUAGACUACAGCAAAAUGGACCUGGGUAACAAGAAGGGGCCGAUUGGUAGAUGGGACUUUGACACAGCCGAAGAGUAUUCUGACUACAUGAACCAGAAAGAAGCAUUGCCAAAGGCUGCAUUCCAGUAUGGUUUGAAAAUGGCUGAUGGCAGAAGGUCAAGGAAGUACAAGGACAAAAAUGAAAAAGCUCAUUUGGAUAGAGAAUGGCAGAAGAUACAGAGUAUCAUACAGAAGAAACAAUAGUAUGUUUUAUCUGUCAAAGUAAAUUAUCACAUGGUAGUUGAGGUAUAAUACUAUAUGUUGUAUUUAGCUUAUUAUGUCUAAGAUUGCAUUAAGUUGGCAUGUAAGAUUUAUACUAAUAUGGCAAAUAAAAGUACAUCUCUUUUA